GCUGAUGUAUUUGCUUCGAGUAGUCAGUCGAAGAAAAUUGACAGUCGACUCGAAGUGUUUAAUGACUUUUCGCAUCAGUGUACAAAUUGCUCACGUAAAUCAGUGGUAAGAUCGAUAGUUCUUGUUCACACUACCGGGAUGGUAUGUCUUAUCGAUUCUACACUGAUAACCACAAACCGAGGUCGAACAGGCACGAAUGCUCACCGGUACAAUGCACUUGGAAAAACUGGCACGUGGAGGGUUAAUUGGCCAGACCUUGAAUAUUUCCAAUGUUAAAACACAAAGGACAUGCUCUAGUAUAGCAUUCAAGUUGUACACCCAUCAUCCAGUACAGUGAAAGUAGAGCGACCUAUGAAAUUAUCAGCAAGACUACUAUUUUCGGUCAGCGCUGGUCACGCAUUGGACGCAUUGAGGUCACUUGUUAAUCGCUUCACGCAUUGCGGUCAAUGAUUUUAUUUUGUCGGCAAUACUACGAUGCGUGGAAUAUUCUUUAGCAUUUAAUAUUGUAGAUGAUACACCGGUGCAGAUGCAUCGUAUACUCUGGUAUCAAUGCACCUUUGCAAAAAUGCGUACUUGUGCAUUUAAAAAGUUGAAAGUUUUUUUAGACACAUUUUUUUAAUGGCUCUGAUUAUUCAUACAAUUUUUGGUAAAAUCUCAACCAAGGCUUGAAGAAUGAAUAAGGAAAGUGAAUCAUGUGUAACAAGCUGAAUUGGUAUGCACCGUGGGUCACUGACCUUCUCAAGAAUCAUGAUUAGAAGGUACAAAUGUAUGAUAACAAGAAUCGUUAUCAUUUUAACAGUCUGUGGAUUGAUCUCUUUUUUGAUCUUGUUUGAUACUGUUGGUACUGGAGAUGAAACUGAACCAAAUCUAACACCAGACAAGCUUAAAAAAUUAUUGAAUCUGUUAUUUUUUCAGGAUGAAGCUAACGCUGAAAAUACUUGGCGAUCGUUAACCAUUGAUAAAACCUGUGAGAGAUACAAUUUGGGAAUUUACAAGAAUUCCAAUGAAAAUCAUUCUCCAUUUAAACAUCCACCAGCACCGCAGUACAGUGUUCUUUACAUCGACAAAAUUCACAAUCUAUCCUAUUGCCCAAUAUACAAGGCUGGUAGCACAACCUGGCUCUAUAAUUUGUGUCUAUUAAUGAACGUUUCUGAAAACGACCUAACUAGUAGCAAGGAGCAAAUAUCUACAGUAGCUAGAAGAGUUUUACCAGAGCUUGAAAUUCCGGAUGCAGAACAGGCGUUGAAAACUACUUCGAAAUUAUUGGUCGUCAGACACCCUUUUGAAAGACUGCUAAGUGCUUAUCGAGAUAAACUUGAAAAUUCUGUAGCUGGAAGAGAACAUGGAACUCUUCACUUUUAUCAAAAAUAUGGCGAAAAGAUUGUUAAAAAAUAUCGUGAUAAAAACUUCCCUACACCAAGAACUGAUCAAUUCAUUCAAAGAAGAGGGGUGCCAGGUCCCGCUGGUAUCGAACCAACAUGGCGCGAAUUCGUCGAGUAUUUAAUUAAUACAGAUCUUGCAAAUUACGGCGAUGAUCACUGGAUGCCUUAUUAUCUUUUCUGCACUCCUUGCUUGGUUAAAUACGACAUAGUUGCCAAGGUGGAGACGUUAUGGCGCGAUCAAAUUUUUGCUAUACACAAAUUGGGACUUCAGAAAAAGAUAAAACCAAGAUGGAGGCACUCCGGAGGACACUCGAAUGCAUCGAAAAUAUAUUUUAAUCAAUUGAGCAGAGAUACCGUCAGACGGUUAUAUGAAAAAUUUAAAUUAGACUUUGAAUUGUUUGAUUACUCUCACGAUGAAUAUUACAAGUAUGCCAUGCAGGAGGAAUUUUAAUUAAACAAAAUGACCAGUGUAUAUAAUAGUUCCUCAUACAAUGAAAGUGAUACUACGAAA